AUGAAACGAUUCUGGAACGCGGCCCACGUUAGACAAGGGGAUGACUAUAUAGAAGUGACGUUAGAUGGAAGGGCUCUUAAAACUCCUGGAGGCAACAAGUUACGUGUGCCCGCGAGCAAAAAAGUCCUGGCGACGUUGAUUGCAAACGAAUGGGAUGUGCAGGACACGAUCCUAAAAGCCCAUGCCCUGCCAUUGACCUCUAUUGCAUCCCGAGCCAUAGACGGCUUGUCGACGGCUGAAGAACGUUUAGCUGUCACGGAAAAUCUACUCAAAUACUUUGACACAGACACAAUAUGUUAUCACGAAGAGGAGCCAGAGCAGUUGGCACGACUGCAGGAACAACAUUGGAACCCGAUAUUAGAAUGGGCAAGGAAGGAGAUUGGCCUUGACGUCCUCUUAUUCGAUUCUCUCUUGAUCGGCAAUCAGUCGGCUGACUCUAAGCAACAACUGCGGUCCAUUGUCAACCAAUUCGACGCAUGGAGCAUGGCGGCUUUCGAACGUGCAGUAUAUACGACCAAAAGCGCACUUAUUGCCUUGGCUCUUGUUAAAGGAAGACUAAACGUCGAUCAAGCCGCGCAGGCCGCUCACGUAGAAGUGAACAGCCAGAUAGAACGCUGGGGAGAAGUAGAGGAUUCACACGACGUCGAUUAUCAAGACAUUCGGCAACAACUGGGUAGUGUUGCUUGCGUUCUCCUAGACUCCUAA